GGAAGUUCAUAUUUGUUAAUAAUUAAUAGUUCAAACGAUUGCUACCACUAUCGACAAUAUCGAAAAGUGAAUGUAGCGCAGACAUGAACCAAAAUUGAAAAAUGGACGUAGCACGGAAGUGAACCAAUUGGCUGUUUUAUCCUGCCUGAAAAUGGACGUGACCUUGUAGUUUCAAGCCGCCGUAAAAUGGACGUAGAGGCGCUGCUGUACAGGACUGAGAGCUAUCGUACGAAAAACGCCGGGAUGGCCGCUCUCAGGGUUCUGUCUGUUAAUAACUUUAUAACAUGGCUCAAACGUAUGACAGCUAUUACAAUGAUUAUCAUAAAAAUAAUGAACUACAAUUAAAUUUGAAAUAUAAGAAAAAGUAUCGAAAACUCAAGAGGAUUGUAAAAAAUACGGUCUUUGAAAACGCAGCUCUAUGCGAUCAAGUUGCACAUAUGCAAGAAAAUCUCAUGGUCGUUAAAGAAGAGAGAUUGUUUCUUCUACGCAAAUUGUGUCAACAUCAGGGAGAAAUGGAAUCAAACUCUAUGAUAGCACGUUCACAGUCAAAUAAUAUAAAUUCACCAUCAUUUAACCCAGAAUGUGCUACUCCAAAAAAAACAGUAAAAAAGAAGGCUCCUACAGAUGGAUCAGAAUCAAAAAAUAAGACUAAAAGAUAUAACAAAACUGCCAGAAGAGUAGUGCAAUUAAUUCCAUUAGAUGUACAUGGAAGGCCAAUAUUUCCCAUAGCCUUAGGAGAUCUCACAAUAUAUUCUCUUGGUGAAGUGGUAUCAGACAGAGUAGCAUAUCACACAGAAGAGCUUAUAUUUCCAGUAGGCUAUUGUAGUACAAGAGUAUACGCCAACUUAAGAGAUCCAAGGACAAAGAGCUUAUAUACCUGUAAAAUAUUAGAUGGUGGACCAAAACCUAGAUUCGAAAUAGUAUCUGACAAUGACUUGGAUCAACCAUUAGUCGGAAGUAGCCCUGAUGAGUGCCAUUCAAAACUUUUGGCAGCAAUUUCUCCAGUGCUUUGUUCAAUAGCACCAAAGGGUGCAGAUUUCUUUGGGAUUUCUCAUCCUACCAUACAGAAUUUAAUACAAAGUUCUCCUGGAACUCGCAAAUUAGCCAUGUACAAACAACAACGUUUUGAAGUAAGCAAAAAUCACAUCAUUGAACGAGCUACAAGUCCAGUAACAGAAAUGGAAACUGAUCCAGGACUUGGUUUCGCGGCUUUACACAGGCAUUAUGCUUUAAAUUCUUAUAGAGUAAAGGAAGAACCUUCUGAUCAUGAUCUACUAGCACUUCAAGAUCUCCUUGCAUGAUUACUAAUAUUAUAGAUCUAACACAUACAUAUAAUUAAAUUUACUUCAAAAUUAAUAAAUAAAAUUUUUCACAUAUCUAUAAAAUAUAUUUAAACAAAAAAAAAA